CAGAAAGCAAAGACAGACCCACAGAGCCCCUUGACCAGGGCACAGGCACACACUGAGAGUGCUGGAGUCUCAGAAGAACUACAAGCUGGCUCAGUCCAUCAGAGUCCAAUUCCACAAGGACGAAGAAGGAGCCUCACAGGUGAAGCAGGUUGGAGGGUCAGAGGACUGGGCCAGGAAACCUUAAGCUAACAAUUUCAUAGUCCUGUCCUACAGCACUGAGAUAUAGGUUAAUACAGGCCACUCACAACUCCAGCCCUGAGACGACGAAGAGAAGACGAAUUUGUGCCUUUUGAUUGAGGGACCAUGAACAGACAGUUGUGGCUUUUCCUGCUCCUUCUCACCAUUCACGUGGCCCUUGUGGUCAGUAUUGAUGAAGCCAAGAAUCAGAUAAAGGUAUUGAGGGAAUUCAAAUCUAUCAGUAACUCAAAUACCAACGUGAGACAGUGCUUGUGGUUUGCCAUGCGAGAAUACAAUGAAGAGAGCGAGGACAACAAUAUUUUCAUCGUCACCAGGAUACUGCAAUCCUAUCUGCAGAUCACAGAUCGCAUGGAAUACUUAAUUGAAGUUGAAAUUGCCCGCAGCACUUGCAAAAAGCCUUUAAACAAUGAAGAAGACUGUGUAAUUCAGGAAGACUCUGACCUGAAAAAGGCAGAAAUAUGCAGCUUUUUGGUAGCAGCACUUCCCUGGAAUGGAGAAUUCAUUGUGCUAAAAAAAGAAUGCGAAGAUUACUGAGGGUAUUUUGGAACAUCCAUUCCACCACUGCCUGUACCUUCUCCCAGUAAUAAAGGAGCAAUGGCAGGAUAA